AUGGUCUUCGAUAACUUUGAUACUCCAACAUUUGUCGAUGGUGAGGAAUACGCCGAUUGGGUCUUCGCUGAAGAGACUCCCGAGGUAGUUCGAAUACGAGUUUCCUCAAAGCACCUAACCUUUGCUUCUAAAAUCUUCAGUACUAUGCUUCAGGGCCCAUGGGCCGAGGCCACCACCUCAUUUUCUUCCCAGCGGAAUCCCCGCCGAGUUUCAACUUCUGCCUGGGAUGCCAAAGCUUUUGCGAUUGUCCUCGAUGCAAUUCACGGGCGUGUACAAAAGAUCCCUAGGCGUAUCAACCUCGUUCUCCUGGCUCGGAUCGCCACCAUCGUCGACUACUACCAAUGCUAUGAGAGCUUAGAGCUGCUUAGCGAUGUGUGGCUCAGCGAUGAGUCUGUUGCAGAGGAAGACUUCGAUUCGUACACCGUAAAUUCACUACUACGUCUUUAUGUCGCAUGGGUCUUUGAGGAUGAGGUGAUUUUCUCGGCCGAGGCACACAGAGCUUUGAGGAACAGCAGAGGACUCUCAGAAUUCCAGUUGAAUGACCUUCCGGUUGGGGGGGUUCUCGAUGUCCUGAACGACAAGAGAACGGAGCUGAUCGGAAGGCUCUUGGAAGGUCUCAACGACCUACGAGAAUCGCUCCACACGGAGGAUGGGUGCCCCGGUUUAGGCUUAUCCGACUGUUCAUCUACAUUGCUUGGUAUGUUGAUGCGAGAGGGAGUCAGAUGGCAGAAAGACUACCAACCUCUCACAACUCCUUACUGCGGGCACAGCGUUGUUACGAUGAUGGGCUUGAUCGAAGAGAUUCCUCGACCCAAACAAUUUCACCCACGCUACAAUAAUUCUGGAAGAGGCCGCUCCGGUGAAGCCAACGCAUAUCAUCGACAAUGUUCGUGCACCAUUCAGGGUCGGAUGCAGGCACUGGUGGAACAAGUCAACAACGACAGCUUGAGGUUUCACCCUUCACAGAUUCAGGGCUGGGGAUUGCGUCAGAAGGAGCCAGACUAG